CAUAUUGGACAUAAACAUGUAUGUCGGUGAGACAUUCACCGGUCCCCAUCCUCCACCUGUUGGUAAACCCCCCACCCAGUACCGUCAUGUCCCCGAACCUCUCGCUGUUUAUAUUGGACAAGGACAUAUAUGUCGGUAAGACAUUCACCGUUCCCCAUACUUCACCUGUUAGUAUGACCGUCUUCAGUACCGUUACGUCCCCAAACCAGUCUCUAUAUAUAUUGGACAAGGACAAAUAUGUCGAUAAGAUAUUCAAGAUACGGCAUCCUACAACUGUUAUCAGGAAGUGUGACCAUCCUCAGUAUCGUCACGUCCCCGAACCCUUCUCUCCAUAUUGGACAUGUAUGUCGGUAAGAUAUUCACGAUACGGCAUAUGGAAUAAAACAGUGAUGCUUGUUUCAGAAGUCGGUGCGGAUAAGCCUGAUUGUCCACCGGACAAACCAAAGGUCUAUUGCUUUGUACCACCGUGCGACGAGUCCUCGUGUGUGGUUCAGGGAGCAUCCUGUGUAUCGACCUCCUGUGGAGGUUGUUUAGCCAUUUGGUCGGACUCUAAAGGUAGACGACUUGAUGACCGUCAAUGUACUGCGCCUCCAUCAACCACUACUACGAACUCUCCAUCAACAACCGCUAUUAACAGUCACACUGCAAGUAAAUCUACCACUCCAGAAGGUGAAAUUUAUGUUACACAAAACCUCCGAAUGAUACUGAAACAAAAAUUUAGACAGCAACAACAAUUCUGACAACUAUAAAGCUACAGAGAACAGACAUCUAAGGAUCCAUUUAUUGUCACAAUAAGCCGUAAAAGUGUAUUUAAAAGUGAAGUGGACUGAUACAGACUAGAUUACUAUUUACCGCGAGUUCGUGAUGAUUUAAAUAACGUUUGUCUAUUGACGCUGUACAUGCAUAUAUACAUGUACAGCUAGCGUGUAUGUAAUGAUUCAAUACAAAGAGGAUUUGUAUUGCCGGUGAAUAAAAUGAUAAAACAUUACAA